ACUAAGUUUUUUCCCCCAGUCACCGGAACAAACAGUAUUGAAAAUGACACAAUAUAUGUGGUCAUGUAAAGUGGACAGUUUGGGUCGACGGAAUGUAAAGUUAAUCUACAAGGAGUCCCAUGUGCGGCGAUAAUUUCAGGCUUGGAGGAAAGCGCACUACGCAUCUUGGAUUUAUUCGCCAUAUACAAGCCUGAAGUGUACUUAUUUGUAGAGUGCGCAGCGAUUGUUAUUAUUGAUCACAAAUGGUUAAAUCUUUGCAGUAGUAAUUCUCUACAUGUGUGGCGGCUGACUAAGCGAGCCAUGAUGCCGGGAUCGUGUUCAAGCAGCGGCGUUGCUGCGGCCGCCAGGAUGCUCUUGCCGCUUGUCGGCGCCUGCAUGGCGGUGGCGGUGCUCGGGUACAAGCCGGUGAUCGUCGUCCACGGGCUUUUCGACAGCUCCAGCGACUUUGAAAACCUGCUGCGAUUCAUCAACCUUUCUCACCCAGGUACCAAUGUGUCCGUGAUCGACCUGUUUGACCGGAGCGCCAGCCUGCAGCCUCUGUGGAAGCAGGUAGAAGGCUUCAGACAGGCCAUCUACCCCAUCAUGCAGAACGCUGCUGAUGGAGUCCACUUCAUCUGCUACUCCCAAGGUGGACUGGUGUGCAGAGGGAUUCUGUCCACGCUACCGGACCACAACGUUCACUCAUUCAUCUCCCUCUCUGCUCCACAGGCCGGACAAUAUGGAGACACGGAUUACUUGAAGUACCUCUUCCCACAGUUUGUGAAAUCCAACCUGUAUCACCUGUGUUAUACAUCAGUGGGACAACGAGUUUCUAUCUGCAACUACUGGAAUGACCCGCAUCACAAAGACAUGUAUAUCAACAGUAGCGAUUACCUGGCUGUUCUAAACAGUGAGAGACCAAACCCCAACACAACAGUGUGGAAGAACAACUUCCUGCGCAUUAAGAAGCUGAUACUGAUCGGGGGCCCGGACGAUGGAGUCAUCACACCCUGGCAGUCCAGUUUGUUUGAAUUUUACGACGACAAUGAAACGGUUGUUGACAUGAAGCACCAGGAUGUGUAUUUAAGGGACUCGUUCGGGCUGAAGACGUUGGACGCUCGAGGCGACUUGGUCACUUGUGUGGUCCCUGAUGUCCUGCACACCAAGUGGCACUCAAACUACACUGUGUACAGCAGGUGUAUAGAUAAAUGGCUCGCAUAGAGCCUUGCGUGUUUGAUCCGUAUCCUCACAUGACCAUACAUAUGAACAGAAGCAUACAAACAAACACAUACUGCCCAGUCGCACCACUUUAUUCAUUUGAUCAUUUUUGCACUCUUUCAAUGCCCUUUAUGAUUUAAAUCUUAAAGAAAUGUCCCAAGUGAGACCCUAAUAAUUUUCAAUCCAUGCCAAUAGGAUGAGAUGGUCUCAUGAAGGUUUUUUUGGUCCCUGUCAUAUAAAAAAAAAAGCCUUAAUGUCCUGCUUUGCAUUUUCACAGUUUUUUGACAUUUCAAAACCAAAGUGCUAUGACACACUGCCUCCAGUGAAGGUGCUAAGG